AUGGUGGUUUUCAAUGGCUUGCUGAAAAUCAAGAUCUGCGAGGCGGUGAAUCUGAAACCCACAGCGUGGUCGCUGAGGCAUGCGGUGGGUCCCAGGCCGCAGACCUUUUUGCUGGACCCUUACAUAGCCCUCAAUGUGGACGACUCCAGGAUCGGGCAGACCUCAACCAAGCAAAAGACCAACAGUCCUGCUUGGAAUGAUGAAUUUGUCACCGACGUUUGCAAUGGCAGGAAGAUAGAGAUGGCUGUUUUCCAUGAUGCCCCCAUUGGGUAUGAUGAUUUUGUGGCUAACUGCACUAUACAGUUUGAGGACUUGCUGCAGAACGGGAGCCGCCACUUCGAGGACUGGAUUGACUUGGAGCCAGAAGGGAGAGUGUAUGUCAUCAUAGACCUUUCAGGAUCGUCAGGUGAAGCACCCAAAGACAAUGAAGAACGUGUGUUCCGGGAACGUAUGCGCCCCAGAAAGCGGCAGGGUGCUGUGCGACGCAGAGUACAUCAGGUUAAUGGACACAAGUUCAUGGCCACCUAUCUUAGACAACCAACAUAUUGUUCACACUGCAGAGAUUUUAUAUGGGGUGUAAUAGGAAAGCAGGGAUACCAAUGUCAAGUUUGCACUUGUGUAGUCCACAAGAGAUGCCAUGAACUUAUAAUAACGAAGUGUGCUGGCUUAAAAAAACAGGAAACUCACGAUGAGCAAGUGGGAUCCCAGCGUUUCAGUGUCAACAUGCCUCACAAGUUCAGCAUUCACAAUUACAAAGUGCCCACCUUCUGUGACCACUGUGGUUCAUUGCUCUGGGGUCUUUUGAGACAAGGUUUACAAUGCAAAGUUUGCAAGAUGAAUGUACAUCGACGCUGUGAAACGAAUGUGGCACCAAACUGUGGAGUAGAUGCUAGAGGCAUAGCUAAAGUUCUUGCAGAUCUUGGAGUCACUCCAGAUAAGAUCACUAAUAGUGGGCAGAGGAGGAAAAAGCUAAUUGCAGGUGCAGAGAGUCAACAACCAGUUCCUGGAAGCGCAUCAUCAGAAGAAGAUAGGUCAAAGUCAGCACCAACUUCUCCAUGUGAUCAAGAAAUCAAAGAGCUGGAAAACAACAUUAGGAAAGCAUUAUCAUUUGACAAUCGGGGAGAGGAACACAGAGCAACAGCUACAACGUCAACAGACAACCAGCUUAACAAAACUGGGGAGAAUGGUGAAAAUGGGGAGGUCAAGCAGGCCCAGAACAAGCGAAUAGGCCUUGAAGAGUUCAACUUCAUCAAAGUAUUAGGAAAAGGCAGCUUUGGCAAGGUAAUGUUAGCUGAGCUAAAAGGAAAAGAUGAAGUAUAUGCAGUGAAAGUGUUGAAGAAAGAUGUCAUACUUCAAGAUGACGAUGUAGACUGUACAAUGACAGAAAAGAGAAUUCUGGCAUUAGCACGGAAACACCCAUACCUAACACAACUUUAUUGCUGCUUCCAGACAAAGGACCGCCUCUUUUUCGUCAUGGAAUAUGUAAAUGGAGGAGACCUAAUGUUUCAAAUUCAGCGCUCACGCAAAUUUGACGAACCUCGAUCCCGCUUUUAUGCAGCAGAGGUCACAUCAGCACUCAUGUUUCUUCACCAACAUGGCGUCAUCUACAGGGACCUGAAACUGGACAAUAUUCUCCUGGAUGCAGAAGGCCACUGUAAACUAGCUGAUUUUGGGAUGUGCAAGGAAGGGAUUCUGAAUGGAGUGACCACUACAACCUUUUGUGGCACACCUGACUAUAUAGCUCCAGAGAUCCUCCAGGAGUUAGAAUAUGGCCCGUCAGUAGACUGGUGGGCUCUGGGUGUUCUCAUGUACGAAAUGAUGGCUGGGCAACCCCCCUUUGAAGCUGACAAUGAAGAUGAUCUCUUUGAAUCCAUCCUUCACGAUGAUGUCUUGUAUCCAGUCUGGCUCAGUAAAGAAGCCGUCAGCAUUUUAAAAGCAUUCAUGACAAAAAACCCCAAUAAGCGACUUGGCUGUGUGGCGUCACAGAACGGGGAAGAUGCAAUUAAGCAGCAUCCAUUUUUCAAGGAAAUUGACUGGGUUCUUCUAGAACAAAGGAAAAUCAAGCCACCCUUCAAACCUCGGAUUAAAACCAAAAGGGAUGUAAAUAACUUUGAUCAAGACUUUACACGAGAAGAACCAGUAUUAACGCUAGUGGAUGAGACAAUUAUAAAACAAAUCAAUCAAGAAGAAUUUAAAGGGUUCUCUUAUUUUGGAGAAGAGCUACUGCCAUAGGCAACGUUAGGCUGACAGAUGGAUGAUGCUGCAAGAAGUGAUUCUGAAGAGAUCGUCAAAUUACUGAGACUCAGUAGAUCAAGAACUACUUCUAUUACCCUGAGCCCGUAUCCCCAAUUAAAGUAUAUAUUUAUUGUUUUUUCCCUUUAACGUUCUGACCUGAAAGCACUCUUAAUUUCUGUCUCACAAAGCAAUGCAAAAUAAUUUUGUAUCAGAAAUUGUAGAUGUAACACACUGCCAUAUAUUUGCAACUUUUCUUUUAUUCCUAAGAUCUCCCCAGAGGA